AGUUAGCCGGCAUAAAUGGGCUGGGGACAGGGGAGUGGGCGUGGGGGUUCCACGGCUUGGACUGCUUGCAAGUCUGUUCUGUUCGCUACCCGUUUCCCGCCGUCCCCGAUGCUGUUCCAUUCGGUCCUCCGCCAGACCCUCCUGGGCACGGCUGGAAAUGGGUCAUCUUCACAGUAUCCUCUCCAGUCACUCUUAACUGGUUACCAGUGCAAUUAUAAUGAUGAUCACAUUUCUUAUGGAGAGAUGGGAGUUCCAGUUCCUCCUUUUGGAUGUACCUUUUCCACUGCUCCCAACUUGGAGCACAUCCUUGCAGUGGCCAAUGAAGAAGGCUUUGUGAGAUUGUAUAACACAGAAUCUCGCAAUUGUAGAAAGAAGUUCUUUCAAGAGUGGAUGGCUCAUUGGAAUGCUAUCUUUGAUCUGGCGUGGGUCCCUGGAGAGCACAGACUUGUUACAGCAUCGGGAGAUCAGACAGCCAAGAUUUGGGAUGUGAAAGCUGGUGAGCUGAUUGGAGUUUGCAAAGGUCAUCAAUGUAGUCUUAAGUCGGUUUCCUUCUCUAAAUUUGAGAAAGCUGUCUUCUGCACAGGUGGAAGAGAUGGCAAUAUUAUGGUCUGGGACACUAGAUGCAGUAAGAAAGAUGGAUUUUAUAGACAAGUGAAUCAGAUCAGUGGAGCUCACAACACUUUUGACAAACAAACCCCAUUGAAGAACAAGAAAAAGCAAAUUUCAAGAGGACUGGCUCCUUCUGUGGAUUUCCAACAGAGUGUAACAGUGGUCCUGUUUCAGGAUGAGCAUACAUUAGUGUCAGCAGGAGCUGUAGAUGGAGUGGUCAAAGUAUGGGAUUUGCGCAAGAAUUAUACUAACUUUCGACAGGAGCCUAUGGCUUGCAAAUUCUUCCCAUAUCCAGGUAGCAGCACACGAAAACUAGGGUACUCAAGUUUAAUUUUGGACUCUACUGGCUCUACUCUGUUUGCUAACUGCACAGAUGAUAACAUCUAUGUGUUCAAUAUGACAGGAUUAAAGACUUCUCCAGUGGCCGUCCUCAAUGGGCACCAAAAUUCAACCUUUUAUGUCAAAUCUAGCAUUAGCCCAGAUGAUCAAUUUCUGAUCAGUGGCUCAAGUGAUGAGUCUGCCUACAUAUGGAAGAUCUCUGAACCUUGGUGUCCUCCAACUUUGCUCCUGGGUCAUUCUCAAGAAGUCACAUCUGUGUGCUGGUGUCCAACUGAUUUUACUAAGAUUGCUACAUGUUCUGAUGAUAAUACCAUGAAGGUUUGGCGUUUGAAGCGUGGCUUGGAAGAAAAACCAGCACUAGACAAACAUGCUUUAGUGGGUUGGGCGUAUCAGAAGAAAUUAGAGGAGAGAACUGACUUAGCAGCAAUGACAAGCAACCUGAUGACUCCUGCCAAAGCUCCCAGAGCCAAGAACAGUCCACUUGUUUCUUCUCCAUGGUCAGCAGCUUGUGCUCCAAGUUGUGCUGGAGAUCUUCCUCUCCCUUCUAACACCCCUACAUCCUCUGUAAAAACCCCUCCUGCUAAGCCUCAGAGCACUCAAAAGGAUUCUCCAUCUUCCAUUUCCCCCAAGCCACCUUCGUCUUCCAAGAUUUUAUUUCAAAACUGGGUGAACAAGACACCCUCUCAGUCGCCAUCCAACACUCCACCUAUCUCAGGGAGCCUGAUUCUAUCUCCCAGGAAAGCCCUCAUUCCUGUGAGCCAGACUCUAUCCCAAACAAUGUCCAACCCUGAAACUGCAGCCCUGACUAGAAAUAAAGCUAAGAGGAGAUUGGAUUCAAGCUGUCUGGAAAACACAGAGCAGAAGUGUUUAAAGAGCUGCAGCUGUAUCACAGAGCUGGAGGGGAAGGCUAAAAGAUCUCAUCUGAGUCUGUGCUGCCUGUCAGGGAACCAAGGGACCAGUGGUAAAGAUCUUCUGGGACUCACCAAGUUAAAUGAAAUGGAAAAGGUCAGUGAGAAUACUCCAGCUCCAUCAUCUCCUGCCAGUGUCUGUACUCCAGCAGGCUUUGGAUCACCAUCUUUUUGUUUCAAACCUGGCAGAGGAGGGCCUGAAGUGAUAGAUAAAGAGAAUAGUUCCCCUGAGAGGAAAAAUUGGCUAUUGGCUAUGGGGGAAAAAUGGCGGACUGAAAAAGGUGGGAACCGGAGUCCUUCCAGUGGUUCAUCUUCUCAAACUAAGAGACAAGAUGGAAAGAACUCUCCAGUUGCAACUACACCUGGUUCCAUGAGGAAGAUCUGUACCUAUUUUCACCGAAAGUCCCAAGAAGAAUACCGUAGUCCUGAGCAAUCUAAAGAAUUGUAGAUCCUUCAUUCAGAAUCUGAAUAUGGAAAUACCUCAACGUUGAAAAAUCAGCAUGAAAAGCUGUGGCCUGGAGGUAGCUUAGUGCCUGGUUCUAUUGGCAUAGUAUAAAUUCUGCAUCUGAAAGGAAAUGCAGGAUUGUAUUUUUAAAAGUUCCUUUUAAAAAUAAAUUAUUUUCCAUAGAACAUAUUAGGAUAACUAAUUCUCUUUGGAGAAAAAAUAUAGCUGUUCUGCAAUAAUAGCAUAGCAACUUCCAUAGGCACAGGACCUAGUCAUGUAAUUCUCUUCAGUGCUGAGUGGCCAAAGAGGCCAGGUGAAGUCUUCUGAAGCUUCGGAUCUGCUCAAUGUUGUAUUCUUUUGUAUAGCAAAAAUGCAUGGCUAUUUAUGAAGAAAUUUUGUAAUUUGUUGUAAAUAUGAAACUUCUAUUUGGGUGACUUUUAGUAUUACCCAAAAAAUUAAAUAAAUUAAUAAAAAACGUUUGUUUUUAUUUACCCUGACAUAAUAUUAAAAUAGUCCUGGAGAGAAGCAGAAUUUUUUUUUUUUUAGAUUUGGAUUGGUAAAUUAUUCUUAUUAUAAGGCUAAUAAUAAUAACAAUUUGGACAUAGAGAAAAAUUAUAGAUCUGGAAACACAAGAAUACUCCCACUUCCCCCUUAGAACUGUAUCAUUUUUGACACAUCCAGCUCAAACCUCAUCGCUCUGAGCCUUAGUUUCCUCAUUUAUGAAAUGGAGUUCUUUUGCACUACUUAUUUGUUGUACAGAAACUACUUAAAAAAUUUAAAGCACCACAGGAAAGUGUUAUGUUUGAGGCAGUAAGAAAAGAAGAGCUUGGGAUUUCUUCCUUUGCUUGAUUCCUUAUUCAUUUUGCAGGGGUUUUUUUGUUUGUUUGUUUUUUGUUUUUUUUUUUUACAUGCUGUUGUAGUAAUUCAAGAGCUGGGAUACAAAGGCAAAAUAAAAUAGUCCCUGUCCUUCAGUAGCUUGAAUUGUACUGGGGGGGGAAAGCAUAUACUCAGAUCAACAAAACAGUUUCUAUAUAGAUCAAUUUUUGGAGAGUGAAGAAGACGCUAACAACUAGGAAGAUCAGAUCAGCUUUGAUAAAGGAGAUAGCACGUGAGGGAAAGCUGACUGAGGACAGUGCAAAGACACUAAGAAGGAAGGCAAGAGGAGGAAGAUAGAAUGUCGACUUUGAAUGUGAAGCAGUUGUGGAAUAACCCUGGAGAAGGUUGUAGCCAAGUUGUGAAGGGCUUUGAAUGACAAGAGAUGCCAUAUUUUAUCGUAGAGGCAGGAGAGAGUCACCAUAAUCUAACAUUUUUAUGUGCCAGAAAACUGUGUAAAGUACUUUACAGAUACUUCAUUUUAUCCUCCAAACGACUCUGGGAAGAGGGUAGGUGCUGCUGUUAUCUCCAUUUUACAGAUUAGGAAACUGAGGUAAACAGCUUGUGACUUGUCCUGGGUCACACGGUGAGGUCAAAUUUGAACCUGACUCCACUCCCUGAGUUCUAGCCACUGCCACCUAGUGGCCCCUCGUUGGACCCCUAGCUGCUGCUGGAUCAACAACAAUUAAGGGUUCGCCUUGCAAAUAAAUGUUCUAUUGCUUCAUGUUUCAGCACAUUUACAAAGUAAUCUAUUUCACUGUUGUACCUAUAUAGCUUUUGUUUACAAUUCAAAUUUUUUUCCGUUUAGUAUAAGAAAAAUACAAAAAUAAUAAUCGCAAAUCUGGAUUAGAAUGUAGUUUACUAUUUAACAUUAUUGGGGAUGGAAGCAAUGAAUAAGCACCCCCUUUCAACUCAGAAAAAAGAUAUAGUUUUUCAGUCAACUGAAGGCAAGAUGCUGAAACCUAGUCAAGUCCUAAUUUGCUGAAUUAUAUCUUUCUAGUAUUCUCUGUAUUUAGGAAGUAUGAUUGCAGGCCAAACUGCUUGCCUUCAUGCAAUUUUCUUCUUCCUGGUUCUCUACCUAUAACACCAGCAGUGUAUACCUUGACUCGUAGGUAUUGACAAGUUACAACAUUUGUAAAAAAUGUGUUUAGCAGACUUAACUUCUUAAUAAACUUAAUGACUUACUUUUGAACUGA